UAUUCACACUCCGUCCAACCUCAUCUCGAGCUCUCGCGAAACAUUGAAACAGUGAUUAUCCAGACCUCCCCAUUACCGCGACCCUACUCGCGCAACUUCGCCUCAACACAGAUCUCCCAUCACGAUGGCAGGCCACGGUCCUUCCGCCAAACACGGCGGUCACCCGAUUCACAUCCACCCGGCGCGGCCAUUGUAUCGCUUCGCAGCUGUCGGACUCGGCGCGUCAAUGUGGUUCUUCUUAUUUUACCGCGCACGAUACGAUCUGCCUGUCCUGUUCGGCUUGAGGCAUCCUUGGGAUCACUGAAAAGUGGAAGGUAUGCGGCCAUUGGGGGACAAAGGCGAGUCGGAGAAGGCGGAAGAAAUGUCUGUGGAAUAAUAGAGCGCUAGGAGGCUCAGGAGUCGGGUACAUGAAACAGAGCAAGCUCUGGAAGUUCAGUCUACAAAAGCGCAGUCGCAGAAGAGGCUUCAAGGUCCAAGCGCAGUGGAUCGCCGCAACCAAGAUAGAUGGACAAAGAAGUCUACGUCGGAUGUCAGGUUAGCAACACAAGCAAAAUUUGGCCCCUAUCACGAGAAACG